UAAAGCAGAGAGUACCGUUCUGUGAUUCACUGGAGAAAAAAGAGGGUGGAGGCAGCAAAGAACUCCGAGUGCCAAAACUAAGUAAGUUUUCUGACAAAACGCACGCAGCUUGCGGCGCCUCCGCCGGGCCACCAACCCCACGGAGACCAAGUGGGCUUGGCGUGGAGCGUGCACGGGGUCAGGGACCCACUUCGGUCCCCGUGCGCUCCAGCAGCGGAGAGAAGGAACCGCUGCCCGAAGUUCCUGCGGAGAAGAGGUGGUCAGCGGUGGAGGGAGAUCAGUAAAGCGGCCUGUUUUUGUCAUUUCGCCGCCUGGUGAGUGUCGGGGAGAUUGGCAAACGCCUCGGAGAAGACGGAGAGAAAUAGCACUGGAAAAGUGGAGAGAGUGAUGCGGCGGCCGGUUCACUGCAUGCUGCUUGUUAUCUGCAUGCGUAAGAGCUCUUUUUCGGCGGUUCCACUUCCCAGGUCUUUCCAGGUGACGGGACUGCCGGACCUACGGUCGACCCCACAACCAUCGGUGCGCGCGCACAUCGGAGAACCUCACUCCUCCGCCUCGAGGGCGAAAAGUUCUGGCCACGAAAAGUUCCUGCCCAAGGUGAUUAUCAAUUCCUUACUUGAUUUUUUUUUCUUUUUUCUCUUGAGAACUUUUGGGUGGAGGCAUUAACUUUUUGUGUGGAAGCUACUUUGGGGAGCGAGGAGGAGGAGAAAGUGCGAUUUGAUGGAGAAAAGCGACUCGUUGUUCUCCCACACGUCCCAUCCCCUAAGCCACCACGUGUAGAAGAUUAAAGUUGUUGGACGUGUUGACAGCUGAGAGGAGCACGGACUUCUUUCCAGGUGGAGACCCUCCACCUCCACCGCCUGUUGGUUCUACCCCUCCUGCGUGCAUGUGUGCGCCAGCGGCGGCGCGCGGUGCGUUGUUCUGCCUUGGAGUUUCAGCUGGGACCAGAGUGAAUGGCCCACAGGGGCUGCGCGGGACCUCCGCCUCCGCCACUUCCUUCGCAGGCCUGGGUCUGGCCCGGAAAGAUGCUAGCCAUGGGGGCGCUGGCAGGCUUCUGGGUCCUCAGCCUCCUCACCUACGGUUACCUGUCCUGGGGCCAGGGCUUGGAGGAGGAAGAGGAAGGGGCUUUGCGACCUCAAAUUGGAGAGAGACCGGAGCCCAGCAUAACUACCAUCUCCCAGCCCCAUCUCAUUUUCAUCCUAGCGGAUGAUCAGGGAUUUAGAGAUGUGGGUUACCACGGAUCGGAGAUAAAGACUCCCACUCUUGACAAGCUUGCAGCCGAAGGAGUUAAACUGGAGAACUACUAUGUCCAGCCUAUUUGCACACCAUCCAGGAGUCAGUUUAUUACUGGAAAGUAUCAGAUACAUACUGGACUUCAACAUUCUAUCAUAAGACCUACACAGCCCAACUGCUUACCUCUGGACAAUGCAACCCUACCUCAGAAGCUGAAAGAGGUUGGAUAUUCAACACAUAUGGUUGGAAAAUGGCAUUUGGGUUUUUAUAGAAAAGAAUGUAUGCCCACCAAGAGAGGAUUUGAUACCUUUUUUGGUUCCCUCUUGGGAAGUGGCGAUUACUAUACACACUACAAAUGUGACAGUCCCGGGAUGUGUGGCUAUGACUUGUACGAAAAUGACAAUGCUGCCUGGGACUACGACAAUGGCAUAUACUCCACUCAGAUGUACACUCAGAGAGUGCAACAAAUCUUAGCUUCCCGUGACCCCAGAAAGCCUAUAUUUUUAUAUAUUGCCUACCAAGCUGUGCACUCUCCACUGCAAGCCCCUGGCAGGUAUUUUGAACACUACAGAUCCAUUAUCAACAUAAACAGGCGCAGGUAUGCUGCCAUGCUUUCCUGCUUAGACGAAGCAAUCAACAAUGUGACCCUGGCUCUAAAGACAUAUGGUUUCUAUAACAACAGCAUUAUCAUAUACUCUUCAGAUAACGGCGGCCAGCCCACCGCAGGAGGAAGUAACUGGCCCCUCAGAGGUAGCAAAGGAACGUACUGGGAAGGGGGGAUCCGGGCUGUUGGCUUCGUGCACAGCCCACUUCUGAAAAACAAGGGAACAGUGUGUAAGGAGCUUGUGCACAUCACUGACUGGUACCCCACUCUGAUUUCACUGGCUGAAGGACAAAUUGACGAGGACAUUCAACUGGAUGGCUAUGACGUCUGGGAGACCAUAAGUGAAGGCCUUCGUUCUCCCCGAAUAGAUAUUUUGCACAACAUCGACCCCAUUUAUACCAAGGCGAAAAAUGGCUCCUGGGCGGCAGGCUAUGGGAUCUGGAACACUGCCAUCCAGUCGGCCAUCAGAGUGCAGCACUGGAAACUGCUCACAGGGAACCCCGGCUACAGUGACUGGGUGCCCCCUCAGUCGUUCAGCAACCUAGGGCCGAACCGGUGGCAUAACGAACGGAUUACGUUGUCAACCGGCAAAAGUGUGUGGCUGUUCAACAUCACAGCCGACCCCUACGAGAGAGUGGACCUUUCUAACAGGUACCCCGGGGUCGUGAGGCAGCUCCUGCGGAGGCUCUCACAGUUCAACAAGACCGCGGUGCCUGUCAGGUACCCCCCCAAAGACCCCAGAAGUAACCCUCGGCUCAAUGGGGGAGUCUGGGGACCAUGGUAUAAAGAGGAGAAGAAGAAACAGAAGCUACGCAAAAAUAAGACUGAGAAAAAGCAGAAGAAAAGUAAGACAAAGAAGAAACAGCAGAAAGCAGGCUCGUUUACAAAUUGCCGCUUGGGCGUUCCUCGUGGAUAGAAUUAUGAAGCCAAAUGGACUAUAUCUCACAUCCUUG